AUGGACAAGAGUUGGAUGAAAAUCACUGAUAGAUUUCGAUCCAGUGAAUAUGCGACAGGCGUUAAAGAUUUCAUUACUUUGGCUCGAUCUCAUUCUACAAGUGAUGAAAUUCGGUGUCCAUGUACCCUUUGUUCAAAUAAUUAUUUCCUACCUAUAAAUCAGGUAGAGAGACAUCUGUUCAUUAAAGGUAUUGAACCAACUUAUACGACAUGGAUAUUUCACGGCGAGGAGGAAGAUUUACCUUUUAUUGAUGAUGAUGACCUUCAUGAUCCCGAACAAGCUGAUCCUUACAUUGAUGACAUUGAUGUUAUGUUACAAGACAUUCGGGCAGGGAAUUUCCCUAAUGUUCCUUCACCCGAGUCAUUCUAUGCUGGGGGUUCAACCUCAGUCGGAAGUGAAUCAACUAUGAAUUUUGACCAGUUGUUGGUUGAUUCACAGCGUCCUCUUUAUGAAGGUUGUUCCAAGUAUUCUAAACUUUCAUUUUCAGUUAAGUUGCUACACAUUAAAACACUUGGUGGCUGGAGUAUAAAGUCAUUUGACAUGCUUCUUCAAAUACUACAGUCAGCUUUUCCGAAUGCUCUUUUACCGAAAUCAUAUCAAGAGGCACGGAACUUAGAGCGAGGCCUGGGAUUUUCUUACACAAAAAUACAUGCUUGUCCAAAUGAUUGCAUACUUUAUUGGAGGGAAAAUGCAAAUAAACAAGAGUGCCCUAAAUGUAAGUCAUCAAGAUGGAUAUUUAGUAACAAUAAGCAACGACAAAUUCCUCAAAAGGUUCUACGACAUUUUCCAUUAAAGCCAAGGUUGCAGAGAUUAUUUAUGUCACGUAAAACAGCAGCUAAUAUGAGGUGGCAUAGGGAUCAGCGUGUCAAUGAGGAAGGUAUUCAAAGGCAUCCUGCUGACUCUGAGGUCUGGAAGGCAUUUGAUCAACAACAUACUUGGUUUGCGGAAGAUCCUCGAAAUGUACGGCUUGGUUUAGCCAGUGACGGCUUCAACCCCUUCAAUAAUUUGGCAAAACCUUACAGCAUAUGGCCAGUGAUUUUGGUGCCUUACAACUUGCCCCCGUGGCUAUGCAUGAAAGAUCCAUUUUUCAUCACCUCAUUGUUGAUUCCAGGACCAAGAUCUCCAGGAAAUGAUAUCGAUGUUUAUUUGCAGCCUCUAAUAGACGAACUAUUAGAUCUAUGGGAAAAUAGUGUCGAUACAUACGAUGCCAAGGCCAAAGAGACUUUUCGAUUGCAUGCAGCUUUAAUGUGGACAAUUAACGACUUUCCUGCUUACGGAAAUCUCUCUGGGUGGAGCACUAAGGGGAAGAUGGCAUGUCCAUCGUGUGAGCAAGAAACAGAUUCUUUGUGGUUGAAAUACAGUCGAAAACAUUGUUACAUGGGUCAUCGCCGAUUCUUGCCCCUAGGCCACAUUUGGAGAAAGAAAAAGAGUAUUUUUAAUGGCAGCACAGAGCAUCGUGGCCCACCUCAGCAGUUGUCAGGAGAAGAUAUACUUAAUCAACUGCAGAAUAUUCCAGAUAUUGAUUUUGGCAAAUCUACAAAGAAGAGAAAGCGUACCACUGAUGAGUUAAAUUGGACCAAAAGAAGUAUCUUUUUCCAAUUGCCGUAUUGGUCAACUCUAAAGCUUAGACAUAACCUUGAUGUAAUGCACAUUGAGAAGAACAUAUGUGACAACAUCUUAGGAACUUUGAUGAAUAUUGCUGGGAAAACUAAAGAUCAUGUCAAUGCACGUCGUGACCUUUCCAAUCUCAAUAUAAAAAAAGAAUUACACUUGAUCCAGGAUGGACAACGCGUGAGUAUGCCACAUGCAUGUUACACCUUGUAUGGAGCUGAGAGGGCAGGUUUUUGUAAAUGGUUGAAUGAUGUCAAGUUUCCAGAUGGCUUCGCUUCUAAUAUUGCGAGAUGUGUGAGUGUUGUCGAUUGCAAAAUCUCUGGCAUGAAAAGUCAUGAUUGUCAUAUUUUUAUGCAAAGAUUAUUACCUGUUGCAAUUUGUGGAUACUUACGACAAGAUAUACGAUUAGCAUUGACUGAGUUAAGCACAUAUUUCAAAGAACUUUGUGCAAGAACUAUCAAGGUUGAUGUGUUAGAACGGCUUCAAUCUGAUAUAGCCGUCAUUUUGUGCAAGCUAGAGAUGAUAUUUCCACCUACAUUCUUUGAUGUAAUGGUCCACCUAGCCUAUCAUUUGCCACAUGAGGCGCUGCUUGCAGGGCCAGUUCAAUAUAGGUGGAUGUACCCUUUCGAACGGUAUCUUGGAAAAUUUAAGAGAUACGUUAAGAAUAAGGCCCGUCCGGAAGGUUCAAUUGCGGAGGCUUGUAUUCACGUAGAAUGUUUGAAUUUUUGUUCCAUGUACCUCCAUGAUGUCGAAUCUAGAUUCAAUCCUCAAGAACGGAACUUUGAUGGAGGAGAAGAUGGUGUUGGAGAAGGACUAAGUAUUUUUAGACAGAAGGUGAGGCCCAUGGGUUUUGCAUCACGUCAUCGACUAGACGAUGACCUGUUUCUAAAAGUAAAAUGUGAGCACUACAUGCAUGUCAAUGAAGAGUACCCUGAAAAUGUCGACAGUUUGCACGCGACAAAUUUUCCAAAUUGGUUCAAGUCACACAUUCAAAAUCUACGUGUUAACAAUCCUGGUGAUGUUUCGGAUGAUCUAUAUGCACUUGCAUGUGGUCCUGACCCUUGGGUUGUGUCUUAUUCUGGUUGCAUCAUGAAUGGCAUACGAUUUCACACGAGGCAACGUGAAGCACAUCGUAGGACCCAAAAUUCAGGUGUCCUGGUCAUUAGUGAACUAGAUGCUCAAAGUGUUGACUUCUAUGGUGUUCUAACAGACAUCUUGGAAGUUCGCUACAUGGGAUGGCGCCGUGUGUACUUAUUCAAAUGUGACUGGUUCGACAUCUGUGAUUCUAGACGAGGGAUACGUGUGGAUGAUCAUCUUACUAGUGUGAAUAUGUCUCUGACAUUUUAUAAGGACGAGCCAUUUGUUUUGGCGUGUCAAGCUUCACAGGUGUUUUACUUAAAAAAUCGUAUGAUCCCUGGUAAUUGGUAUGCAGUACAAAAGGUUGUCAAUAGAAAUGUGUAUGAUCUUCCCCUCAGAAAUUUGAUUGAAGAAGAUGCUUACGAUGCUAGUGACGUGGAGGCGUACCAAGAGGAUGAUUCUUUUGAAGAAUACAUAUUAGUCCAUGCUGAUGACAAUGGACUAGUUAACCCCAUGCACAGGCUUGAUGUCGAGCCCACUCAGAUUGAUGCAUCGUUAGUAAUGGAAGCUGAAAAUCACAACCUUGAUGUCAGAACAUUUAUCAACGACGAUAGCAGCGAAUCUAGUUCCCCUUAUAACACCGAACACGAGGGAAGCAAGGAAGAAGAUAGUCUCUCGACGGACGAAGAGGCAAACUAG